UUGGUUCCACCGCGCGUGCGCCAACGCUCUCCGCCCAACGUGCUUCGCGACGCUGUCAUGGCGGCUCCCUGAGGCCGGUCGCGGCACAUGGGUUGGGAGCUCGGUGACUGCGGUCAGUGAGGGAGCAGCGCCUCAGUCUGGCUGGUGGGGGGCCGAAGAGUGAGUGCGAGGCAGCGGCAGGCGUGGAGGAUGUGGGCGCUGGAGCGGGCGCUCCUGAGGGGCUUCCCCAGCGCCGCGGAGUCCCGGCGGGGGAAGCAGAGCGAGUUGGCCGCGGCAGGAAGUGAAUCCUUGCUGCAGUUGCAUUUCGAAGGGAACUAUGAGGCCAUUUUAUUAAGUGAAGUGAUCCAGGAUGUUUUCACUACACUCACGAUGACAGAGGAGAAUAUUGACACCUACUUGGAGAAGCUGAUAGUAGCAUACCUGGACUGUUCUGUUGCAGAUGCUGAUAACGUGGAAAGACAAAGGUUGAUAUUUCUGCUUGGUGUGGGCAGUUUGCAGCUCUUUGUUCAGAGCAAUUGGACUGGACCUCCUGUUGACUUACAGCCUCAGGACUUUUUGCCAUCUUCAUUAUUACACCAGUUCUGUGAGCCCAAAGCAUUGUGUACAGCUGUUCUGAGUACGCUGGUUCUGGAUGGUGAAUCAGUCUAUAAUCUGACUUCUCUUCCUAUCUUGUUGAUGUUAGCCAGAGUGAUUCUUGUGCAUUCAAGACAUAAACUUGCUGCUAUUCAGACAUUGCCUUGGUGGACUUUGCGAUAUGUGAAUAUUCACCAGCAGUUGCUAGAGGAGCGAUCGCCUGAGCUCUUUGCUCUUGCCCGGAGUUGUAUAGAACAAGUGACAAACUUAAAGACUUUGUUCACAGAUGAUGAAUGUUGGCAUUUGGCAGUUCAGUUCCAUCUUGAAUGUGCCUAUACAUUUUUGAAUUACUAUGAGUAUAAAAAUGCUAAAAAGCAUUUCAACACAGCUAAGGACAUAACUAAACUACAGAUUAAUUUGACAGGUGCUUUGGGAAAAAGGACACGAUUUCAGGAAAAGCAUGUAGCACAGCUUAUACUUGAUGUCCAAAGGAAAGAUGAUGUCCUGCUUUCUCACCGUGAGCUAAGCCCAGCACCUACUGCUCUAGAAAAUUUAACAAAGAAUUAUGAUUUAAAUGAUGACACGGUGCUAAAUGAGAUAAAAUUAGCAGAUGCUGAUCAGUACCAGUUGCCUGAUCUGUGUGCAGAAGAACUUGCUGUUAUCCUUGGAGUUUGCAUAGAUUUCCAAAAGAACAACCCAAUACACAAGCUAACUGAAGAGGAGCUUUUAGCAUUUACAUCAUGUUUACUUUCACAACCUAAAUUCUGGGCCAUUCAAACUUCAGCCUUACUUCUCCGGACAAAGCUUGAGAAAGGAAGCACUCGUCGAGUGGAACGGGCAAUGAGGCAGACUCAGGCACUUGCAGAUCAGUUUGAAGACAAGAAAACAUUGGUAUCUGAACGACUGAAGAUUUUCUACAGUUGUCAGGUGCCUCCACACUGGGCCAUAGAGCGACAACUUGCAAGUUUACUCUUUGAACUGGGGUGCACAAGUUCAGCUCUACAGAUCUUUGAGAAGCUGGAAAUGUGGGAAGCUGUAGUAAUCUGCUAUGAAAGAGCAGGACAGCAUGGGAAGGCGGAAGAAGUCUUGAGGCGAGAGCUAGAGAAAAAGGAGACACCAGGAUUAUAUUGCUUGCUUGGCGAUGUUCUUAAAGAUCACCAAUACUAUGACAAGGCUUGGGAGUUAUCUAAGCAUCGCAGUGCCCGGGCUCAGCGCUCCAAGGGCCUCCUCCAUCUUCGCAACAAAGAGUUCAGAGAAUGCGUGGAGUGCUUCGAACGUUCGGUGAAGAUUAACCCCAUGCAGUUGGGUGUGUGGUUUUCUUUGGGCUGUGCCUAUUUAGCUUUGGAAGGCUAUGACGGUGCUGCCAAAGCAUUUCAGCGCUGUGUGACGUUGGAACCUGACAAUGCUGAGGCCUGGAACAAUUUAUCAACUGCAUAUAUCAGAUUGAAACAGAAAAUCCAAGCAUUUCGCACUCUCCAAGAAGCUCUCAAGUGUAACUAUGAACACUGGCAGAUUUGGGAGAACUACCUUAUUACCAGUACAGACAUUGGAGAGUUUUCAGAAGCAAUUAAAGCUUAUCACCGGCUCAUGGAUUUACAAGAAAAGUACAAAGAUGUGCAGGUGCUGAAUAUUCUGGUCAGGGCAGUGGUGGAUGGAAUGGCUGAUCGCAAUGGAGAGGUGGCAACGGGGUUGAAGGGGAAAUUGCAGGAACUGUUUGGCAGAGUGACUUCAAGAGUGACAGGUGAUGCGGAAAUCUGGAGACUGUAUGCCAGACUCUGUGGAAACGGACGCAGUGAUAACCCUGAAGAUACUGAAAAGUCACUACAGUAUCUCACCAAGGCACAUAAAUGUGAAAUGCAAUCAGCAGAUUGGGAGAAAGAUAUUUCGUCUUUUAAAGAAUUGGUGAAAGGAGCCAUAGAGCUUGCCCAUGUGGCAAUAAAGUGCAGUAAAAACAAAUCUAAUCGCCAGGAAGCUUUGCAGAUACUUUCUUCAGCUCGACUCAACCUGCGUGGCUUGUCAUCCAAAGCAAAGCAACUUUUUGCCGAUGCAACAAGCAGUGAGGUUUCCAGUGAAUUAGUUGAUGAAGUAACAGCUAUGGACAGCAUGAUUGCUGAACUGCAAGAAAUGAGCAACCAGCUGAGGAAUCAGUGCUGAGAUAAAAAUAAGAUUUCCUAGAAGGAAGACAAGGAUGACAUGCUUUAUUUGCUCCAGUUUCUGCUGAUGAAAUUGCAACAACUGUAACACAUAACACAAAUUUUUAAUAAAUGUUUUCCUGUACAAUAUUGAUGUCUUUACAGUCAGAUUCCCUAAACUUCUAAACUGUUUUUAAGGUCAUGUCUACUAAAUCUCUUAAAUUGUGUGUCUGCUUCUGUGGGCCUGAGUUUUCUGGAAUAAAACCAAUUGUAUUUUA